AUGACGAAGUUUCGCAUGGUGUGUAACACGCGGAAUGGGGUUACCAGUCGGGUGAUCACUACCUCUGCGACAAGCAGCAGGAGCAGCGGUACCAGCCGCAGGAACGGGAAUGCCGACACGGGAGAGAAGGGGGACGCGACGGGGAAAGGGGAAACGGCAGGGAAGGGGGCCGUGAAAGGGGAAUCAGCGGAGGGGGAGGAGGAGGUUGGGGGGGAAAGGCGGCCGCUUCGGCUGGUGGUGAUCGGGGGAGGCGCGGCGGGCGUGUUUGCCGCGAUUCGAGCCAAGGAGAUGGCCCCUAGCUUGGAGGUCAGAGUGGUGGAGAAGAGUCAACCGCUGGGGAAGACUGAGCCAGACGGCCGCAUGUUCCCUGUGUCUGACUCCUCUCAGUCAGUCAUCGAUUGCCUGCUCUCCCAAGCACACGAGCUCUCAGUGACCAUUUCUCCUGGCUGGCCUGUGGCAUCAAUCACUCACACCCCUGCAGGCCAGUUCCUCAUCUUCUCCUCAAAGAAGACGCCAACGUUUAUCAACAGCUCCUCCUCUCCCUCCUCGUCCUCUCCCUCCUCCUCUCCCCCAUCCUCCUCCCCUCUCUCCCUCAUGGCUGAUUUCGUUCUCAUCGCCACUGCAAGUUCCUUUGCCUUGUUCAAGGUCCUGCCAUUAUUGUACUUCCCUCAUCACCCCUUAUCACCCCUCUUCACCUCUCUCUUCACUCCUCCUCACCUCUUCCCACCCAUCUCAACCCCUGGGGCAUUCCAUUUCAUCAUCCCUCCGUCACUCCAUCACCCCUCUCCGCCCUUCCCCCCUUCGUCUUCCAAAAGUGACUCAGUUUCACCCCAUCUCACCCCUUCCCACCUAUCCCCAUCCCUCAUCACCCGUUCUCAUCUCCUUCCACCCUUCUACCCCUCACAGGGGCAUGACAUGGCAGCAUCCCUUGGUUACUCGAUCAUCCCUCCCUGCCCCUCACUCCUCACUUUCAACAUCCCUGAUUCUGCUCUCACUGCUUAA